CUUGGGUGUUCUCUCCAUGAGGGGCCCGCUGGAUUGACUUUUCCCUGCCUCAGGGGCCGAAGCGAAGCGGGGAGGAGGAGGGGGGACCUCCUGCCCUGGAAGAAGGAGGCCCAUCCUUGCAGCCGGAGCCCAGGGCCGAAGAGCGAGGGUAGGUGGCCGGGGCCCAGCUGGCACCUAGGGGUGCAGUACCCCGCGCUGUCCUCCAGAGUCCGCUGCGUCCAGCCGAGCGAGCGCACCCUCCUUGCCAGCCACUGCGCUCCCUGACAGUUUGCAAGGACACCCCGAAGGAGGCGCGUCAGCUCGCGGACUUCCUCCGGGCGCCGCCGCUGAUUGGCUCUCGGAGGUUUUAAGAAAGCCGGGGAAGAACGCUGUAACCUUGCAGAAACUUAGCGCUGCAGCCGGGCUCUAUCGUCUGCGCUCGGGUUUCCCCCUCCCCGCCUUUGCCCAGCCAGCCGCCUCCUCUCCCCGCAGCAGCCGCGGCGAUGGGACAGCUGAGCCACACGAGGCUGCGGUGCUUCUGCGUGGUGUCCACCGCCCUGGUGGCUCUGCUCGCCUACUACGUGUACAUCCCCCUGCCAGCCAACAUCUCCGAUCCCUGGAAGCUGAUGCUGCUGGAUGCCACCUUCAGGAGCGCGCAGCAGCUGAGUCAGCUGAUCCAGUAUGUGGGCCUCAGCCAUCAUCUCAUCGCCCUGAAUUUCAUCAUCGUUUCUUUCGGCAAGAAAAGUGCGUGGUCAUCUCCCAACGUUCAGAUCACCGAUACCAAUUUUGAUGGUGUCGAAGUUAGAGUUUUUGAAGGUUUCCCAAAGGCCAAAGAACCACUGAAGAGUGGUAUUGUUUACAUCCAUGGAGGAGGAUGGGCCCUGGCAAGUGCAAGAAUUAGCUAUUAUGAUGAACUCUGUUCAAAAAUGGCAGAGGAACUGAAUGCUGUCAUUGUCUCAAUUGAAUACAGGCUGGUCCCAAAGGUUCAUUUUCCUGAGCAACUCUAUGAUCUAGAUCGGGCUACCAAGUACUUCCUGCAACCUCAGAUCCUAGAGAAGUAUUCUGUGGACCCAGAGAGAAUAGCCAUUUCUGGAGACAGUGCUGGUGGAAAUCUGGCUGCAGCUCUGGGUCAACAGUUUUGCAAAGAUGAAUCCUUCAGGAAUAAAAUCAAGCUCCAAGCUUUGAUCUACCCAGUUCUCCAAGCUCUGGACUUCAACACUCCAUCCUACCAGCAAAAUAUGAACUCCCCAAUCUUGCCUCGCCACGUCAUGAUCAGAUACUGGAUCGAUUAUUUAAAAGGGAACCAGGAUUUUGUCCCGGCCAUGGUGGUCAACAAUCACACCUCCUUGGAUGUGGAGCACGCUGCCACUCUCAGGUCCCGGCUCAACUGGCUUUCCCUCUUGCCCGCAUCUAUCACAAAAGAUUACAAACCUGUCAUGCAGACGGUGGGCAACACCCGGAUUGUCCAAGAGCUCCCCCAGCUCCUGGAUGUGCGCUCGGCGCCACUAAUUGCUGACCAGGAGGUCCUUCAGAACCUGCCAAAGACUUAUAUCUUGACCUGUGAACAUGAUGUUCUCAGGGAUGAUGGCAUUAUGUACGUCAAGCGCUUGGAGAGUGCUGGUGUUGAUGUGACCCAUGACCACUUUGAGGAUGCCUUCCAUGGUUGCAUGAUUUUCACUUCAUGGCCCACCAAUUUCUCAGUGGGAAUUCGGACUAGGGACAGCUACAUCAAGUGGCUGAAGCAAAACCUUUGAAGAGAGAAGCAUCCCAGAGAGGGCAUGUGAACUCCUCUCAGUCAACUGUGAUCACGAGGGAUCACUGAGCACUUUCUGACUUCCUCCAGGUGACCGCCAGGCCAUGGCGUGUCUUGCUUGGGAGAAGCCAAAUGAUGAAUUCUGAUGAACUUUACUAAUCUCUCUUAGUAGAGAUUUGAAUCUCUUUCCCAAACUGGAUUAACUGGCCUUCUGGUCCACCCAGAUGGCUGCCAGGUUCCCAAACUACCAAAGGAUUCUGGAAAAGCAUAAUCUUCCCCUGGAAGUGGCUCUCUAUACCAGAAGCCCUUUUCUGGAGGAAAACUUGACAGUCCCCUCUAAUGAAUUUUAUGUAAAUCUGGUUCCCUUUUGCAAAUAACUUAUUUAUAAAUCAGUUGGUUACUUAAAGGCCUAAAAUAUACCCUUCUAUCCUAUUUCUACUCAUUAAAUGCCUUUGUUCCUCUUUUGCACAGAUGGUCUUUCUGGUAGGGACAUGGGCUUCAUUCCUCCCAGUCUUUUGUAAAGGAUGAUAAUCCACUAAUCCUUUGGGAUUAUACUCUUUUCUUUAAAGUUCACUUCUAACCACAGCUAUUAGAGAAAAAAUUACUAAUGCAUUAGUAUGAUUUACACUGGAUUUUGUACAUAGUCAAAAGAGUUUUUGUUUUCAUGUGACUAAAUUAGAAUACAUGCCAUGUCUGUGGGAUGGGAGUGGAGAGGGAUUUGGGGAUAAAUGUAUGUCAUUUGAGAAUGAACUUUCUAUAGAUAAUAAAUGGAAAAGGCCCAUC